UAGACGCGUAUGAGUUGCCCAGUGAACGGAGCGCAUUGGAAUACUUACACCUACACAGUAACUUCACUCCUUACGGUAGAGUUAUCGCUUCUGAAACCCGCGCAGAAACAAUAGGUUGCCAAGACUACUCGCCUACUUGUGAAGUUUGAGAUUUGCGAUUGAAUGUUAUGCAAGGACAUUCUUUAUUCUAAAAUAUUUCUAGGUUAACAGAAAGUCCGUCUUAAGUGAUCUAAAACAAUUAUUACAUUGAAGUUUUUUCAAUGUACGACCGGAGAGGGGGUAACUGGAGAGAUUGCGCACGAUAUGGACGACUUCAGACGAGUCGCUUUUCGGAGGAAGCCAAGGAGUUUGCAAAGGCAGCAUGUGCAAUCACAAGAAUGUGCAGAGAAGAACAUCAAGCAGAACUGUUUCUCAUCAAAGGACGUCGAUGAGGAGGCUUGUGUGGGACUGAAGAUCGCUCAGGGAAACGACCUCUGCCGCAGUGCCAGUGAACCUUGUGGCCGUGGCACCCCCAGUGAGAGCAGUUGGGGGGGUGUAAAUGGAAGAGACGGGGCCAGUAGGCCCUUACUGCAACCCAAACCACCAGUGCCUCCGAAACCACCACACCUACAGACAUCUGUGAUUGAGCCCGGGACCCCGUCCCCAGUCCAGCAAGGACCCCUCGAAGCCAGGAUGGCAGACAGGAGAGGAGCAGGCUCCAGACACCAGGCGCCCGUCAAAGUUUCUGACCUCAUCAGCCGUUUCGAGAACAGCCACACUGAGGGGAAGACGGACGGCCCCCAGCCGAGGCCGCCGGCCAGGUCGCCCAACCACAGCGCGGCCCAGCGAGUACUCCACAGAGCACAGGAGCUGAAUCAGGAGCAGCCCAACGCGGGGCCCCUCCCGGGCACCCCUCAGAAUGCCCAAAAACACGCCCCCAACGGGGUGCUAGCCCAGAUGGACAGGGGCGGGAGAGAGCCCUCAGUCAGGGGGACAGAGCCCUCGGGCCUCAGGACUGACGCAGCCCUGGUCAACGGGGAGGAAACGGACGCUAACGCACAGCUGGAUGCAGACGAUGCCCAGCCCCAAGCGGACGGGACCAGCGCGGGGGCGUCUGGAGGGGAGGAAGAGGAGAGCGAUACACAGGAAGACUCUCAGAAUGAACAGAGGAAGGAGGAAGGCGAUAUGGAGCAAAAGGAGAGCAAUGAACAGAAGCUAUAUAAGAUUGCCAGCGAGCUCCUGCAGACGGAGAAGGCCUACGUCAAUCGACUCAAACUGCUGGACGAGGGCUUCUGUACUAAAUUGAUGGAUGAGGCGUCAAAAGGAACGUUCCCAGGGGAGGUUGUGAAGAACAUCUUCUCCAACAUCACCUCCAUCCACACCUUCCACAGCCAGUUCCUGCUUCCAGACCUGGAGAGGCGCAUGGGCCAGUGGGCCUCAAUGCCUCGUAUUGGGGACAUCUUGCAGAAGCUCACUCCUUUCCUCAAAAUGUACGCAGAGUACGUGAGGAACUUCGACAAGGCCAUGGAGCUGCUGAAGCAGUGGACUGAGCGCUCACCUCAGUUCAAAGCUAUCAUUUUGGAAAUUCAGAGCCAGGAGGCCUGUGGGAACCUGACAUUACAGCACCACAUGUUGGAGCCAGUACAGAGAGUGCCUCGCUACGAAAUGUUGCUCAAGGACUACCUGAAAAAACUACCACAGGACGACGUGGAUCGCCGUGAUGCAGAAAAGUCUCUGGAGACCAUCGCAAUGGCAGCCACACACUCCAACAGUGCUAUCCGAAAAUCGGAUAACCUGAAGAAGCUGCUGGAGAUCUAUGAGAUGCUGGGGGGAGAGGAGGACAUUGUCAACGCGUCCAAUGAGUUCAUCAAGGAGGGCCAAAUCCUCAAGCUGGCAGCCAGGAACGCUUCAGCCAUGGAGAGAUACCUCUUCCUGUUCAACAACAUGCUCCUGUACUGCGUGCCUAAGUUCAGCCUGGUGGGUCCGAAGUUCACCGUGCGCACACGCAUCGGGAUCGAGGGCAUGAAGGUCCUGGAGACCCUCAAUGAGGCCUACCCCCACACCUUCCAGGUGUCUGGCAAGGAGAGGACCCUGGAGCUGCAGGCCAGCACGGAACAGGAUAAAGAGGAAUGGAUAAAGGCUUUCCAGGUGACGAUAGACAUCUUUCACCAGAAGAAUGAAACAUUCAAAACGGCCACCAAAGACACUGAGGAGUCUGUAAGUCUGUCUACUGCAGAACUGGGGAAACGUGCUCCCCGCUGGAUUCGAGACAACGAAGUGACGAUGUGCAUGAAGUGCAAGGAGUCCUUUAAUGCAAUUACGCGCCGUCGACAUCACUGUCGGGCCUGCGGCUAUGUGGUAUGCUGGAAGUGCUCAGACAAUAAGGCUCAACUGGAGUAUGACGGCAACAAGAUGAAUAAAGUGUGCAAGGACUGCUUUAUCAUCCUUUCGGGCAGCACAGACAGCGAGGAACGAGUGGAGGGCAAGAAGAAGGGCAUCCUGGAGAUUGAGGCGGCGCAGUUCUCAGGAAACAGCAUCAUGUGUGGCUUCCUGCAGCACAGUGAAAAGACCAAGCCCUGGCAGAAGGUGUGGUGCGUCAUCCCGCAGAAGGAGGCGUGUGUGCUCUACCUGUAUGGAGCUCCACAGGAUGUGAAGGCCCAGGCCACCAUUCCCCUGGUGGGCUACACUGUGGAGGACACUCCUCGCCCAGGUGACCCGCCCUCCAGCUUUCGCCUGUCCCAGUGCAAGUUCAUCCACAGCUUUGCGGCUGAAACCGAGGAGCUCAAGCAGCGCUGGCUGCGGGUGAUCCGGGUGGCGUCGACAGGGGAGGAGCCUGAAGAGUCCCCUCCACCAACCAAUGGCGGAAUGGGGCAUGUCACCCAGGAAGGAAGCACUGAGAGCCUCUGAGAGCCCUACGCCGCCCCCCUGAAAAAAAACAUUCCCACACACACUCCCGACAGAUGCUUUGAAUGCGACACCCUGCCCGCAGACUCUCACAAACGAACCCUCUCAGGCUUUGUCUCCCUGCUGUAGAGACUGCACCUCUGUGUCCGCACAACACUCGCAGUCCCCUCCAAAGGCUCGCCGUCCCCCUGCAGGAAAUGGACCAGAAGGAACCGGAACUGCUGAGCAAUCAAAUCAACACUACGCACACGGACAAGGCUGCAGCGGGGUGUUCAUGAGAGGGGCCUGCAACUAGGACCUUGACAGGCCCCCUGUCCUGACUACUGUAGUGCCUGCAUCAAUGAGACCUGUAUUCAUUUUUUCUUUUUCUAGAUCCGGGGCUGCAGGUUUCAUCAACAGGUUGAUUUUUUCAUACACUGCAGCCUGUUACUGUACAUAAUGCUAGCAAGCCUAUGAGUAUAGUCUGCUCUAUUUUUCCUAAAAGGAACAUUUUUAUGUAUGAAGACAAAACCUUUCUGUAUGUAUUACAAGACAUGGACAGUCAUGUUCUCACUGGAGUGUGAGAAAAACCCUACAGGAAAAAGAAGCACACAUACACCUGUUAAUUUUGGUGCAAGACCUCACAUUCUCCUUGGGAUGCAGUCCGUUUUCCCACCCUUUUGUUUCUGACUACACCUACACUGAGUAGAAGUGGAUUCACCAUAGUCAUAGCACUCUCCCAGCAGACUGGCACCACCUGGGCUCAACAGCAGCUGGAGAGUCCCUUAAAGCAGUCCACAAAAAUAUUCCAGGGUUUCAACAUUAGAAUUACAAUUAUCUCAUACGCUUAAUUGUACUACAGAAGAAUGGGCAGUCAAAGUUCUGGUCUACUGAGCCUUUCCCUCUUCCUGUGGAGAAAUGUUAGAGCAGAUUAAGUAUUUCCCAUGGGGCCUGGCCUGGGACUAUCACAUAGGAGUGCAAGGCACCAUGGGUAAAGCUGCACACUGCUGCCAUAUAGCUGAGAACAGAAGUCAGAAAUGAAUGUGUGUUGUCAUUGUAUGUCUAUGUAAUUACUUAAGAGUCAAACAUAUUUUAUUGCUGUUAUUAAAUGUUUUGUCUGAAAGUUUUAUGAGCUGUGACUGCACAUGACCACAGGCACAAAGCACAGCCUCAUGGAAGUAUUGUAGAUGGAAGAAAAUGGUUGUCUAACCGUAACCACUCUGCACAACUCCAGCUCUGUAGACAUGUACACAGUAAAUUUAUUAUGGUGUUUUCUAUGUUUGCCAACACACAGUGAAGAUGUAAGAUAGUUUUGAUAAGACUACUGAGGACUGGGCUGUGUGUGUCAGACAUGGCCCCCUUCCACUGAAAGGCACAAUCAAGGACUAUAACCCUCAGCCAGCUGGGGGAGAAAAACUGAUGUACAUGUACCAUGUAAAUGUUUUUAAAUACUGUAAUUAAUUUUAUUAUUUAAAGUAAUUUAUAGAAUAAGUGCAUGGUAAAAAGAAAAUUGGCACAUCUUUUUUAAAAUCCCUUACCUUUCCUUUGGGUGUUUGGACUUCUCGGUGAAGCCAUAGGAGCUGCCACAUGUGAACUAACAUGCUCUUUUUAAUAUAUAAAAAUCUUUUCUCCAAAA